GUUUGACAGCUUGCCCUCACCUGUGAUUCGAAACCAGAGCCUCCAGUGGAGCUCCUCUCGCAGAUUUUUCCAUGGGUCGAGCAGGAGAAUUCUGCCCUGCAGCAGCGGGAGGCAAUGCUCGGCCAUGCAGGACGGGAUAUUGCCUUGAAGGGCUUCCUGCGACUCCUCGUGUGGCUCCGUCGGGUCCUUAUACAGGAUGCUGCUGUCCUGUUUGUCAAAGACCCAACAUGCCCAAUAUUUGGGUUCGCACCCUUUCGAACUGUGCUUGCCAGGGUUGACAAGGAGGCUCGGUUGGCACUGCAACACCUCCCUGAGCAGUAUGCCCGAAGCAUGCAAGGAUUCGUCGCAUCAUCACGCCUUGCACAGGAAGAAGCCAACUGAAAGAAUGCAGAAGAGCUUGCACUGCUUCGCGAACAGGUUUCACGGCUGGAGAUGGCAGCUGAGUCUGGUCGAUCUUGUCGUCAUCGUCGUGGUGAGUCACACUCGUCCUGCCUCUCCUGCCACGCCCAUCAUCAUUCCCCUACCAACUUCUGUGGCUACAAGCACUGAUGCUGCUACUGCUGCAGACCUCGAUGCUUGUCAGCAGCAAUGGACCUCUCUGGUGGACCGAUUUGGUGCUGAGCGGCUGCUGAAGCAUAGCUGGGAGUGGGUGUUGGGGGAUUACCUUCCCCUGUACACCUUCCAACCUGUCACCUGCAUCAUGCAAGUUUGGGAUGAGUAUGUUGCUGGGUUGAAUGGAUUUCUCGCAGUCCGUGACCUUGACGAGCGCUGGCAGGCACGCUGGAGACGGAACAUCAGCACUCUGCGAACUGAAAACUGCUGA